AUGUUGGUGUGCGUGCGCGUACAGUUGUAAAGGUAAGAUAAGAUGGCGGCGGAUGGAGAUGUGAUUCCUGAUCAAGAAAAAGUGCGAAUAGUUUCGAAUUUUAUUUUGCAUUCGCCUCCUGGCGAGUUUAAUGAAGUUUUUAACGAUGUGAGAGUUCUAUUGAAUAAUGAUAAUUUAUUAAAGGAGGGCGCGUCUUGUGCAUUUGCACUUUACAACAAGGACCAGCUCACGCCUGUUAAGAUAGAGGGAAGUGAAUAUCCGGCACUUAUAACCGAGCACAAUGACUUGGGAGGUUCGAGAUUUUACGAUGCUCGGAGUAAACAGAAUUUUAAAUACGAUCAUUUGAGAAAAGAAGCUCAGGAUUAUGAGGCAUACGAACCGGAUUCGACUGCAGAGCCCUGGAGAUCUGCUCUACAAGAAGAAAUAACAACCUACACUCAAAAUCACUACAGACAUGGAGCUUGCUCUGUCUUUGGAAAGAGCCAAGGAGGGAACAUAACUCUAACUGCUUGCAUAGAGGAUCACCAAUUUCAACCUAAAAAUUUCUGGAAUGGACGCUGGCGUUCAGUAUGGACAGUGAGUUUUAGUACAAGUUCCGGUACUGCAGAAUUAAGAGGUUGUUUAAAGGUACAAGUACACUAUUACGAGGACGGAAAUGUUCAAUUAGUCAGUAGUAAAGAUGUGAAAGAAAGUCUGCCUAUCUCAUCCGAGAAACAAACUGCUAAGGAAUUAAUACGACUCGUCGAGGAAUCAGAGAACGAUUAUCAGACUGCAAUAUCUGAAAAUUAUCAAACAAUGUCAGACACAACGUUUAAGGCUUUACGAAGGCAAUUACCUGUCAUGCGAACUAAAAUCGAUUGGAACAAAAUUGUCUCCUAUAGUAUUGGCAAAGAGCUUAAAAGUCAAUAGAACUAGAUUUUUUUAUAUAUUAAGAGAAUUAAUUAAAAAAAAGCACAUUUUGCUAAACGGGUCAAAGUCUGGAGGUGUGAUGAAUAUGAAAAGCAAACUUUGAAAUGAAAGAUUUAUCCUAUUAACUGCGAUAUAAAUAUAUUCUCCAAUAAGGGCCAAUUUUUUCAUGGGCUGUGCCGAAAUUUUCAUUUCGAAAAUUUUCAUUUCCUUCCUAAUCAUUUUUUUUUUCUUUUUUAAAUCUAAGACAAUGCACAAUAGUUGAAGAAAAAUUCUCACAGCCCAUAUUUUUUACCAAACUUUAUACAAAAAAGAUAAAUAUAUUCUACUCUUUUCUUUUAAACUAAGAAACACUCCCUAUUAUUUUUUAAUGACUAUUACAGCCAAUGAGUACGUUGUCAAAUUUUAUUAUUCAACUACAUAACAUAGAUAAAAUUUUAAAUAAUUUUUUGGUGCUAUAUUGCAUACACAACCAGACAAGUAACACGAAAAAAAAUAACAUGCCUUACUCCGUUCGUUUUUUGCGUUGAAAGAAAAAGAAAAUAAUGUGUAAAUAUGUUAUUUGAAUGAAUGAAUCGCGUCUGUAAUAUGUAACAAUUGUAAUUUUCUCAAGAUUUAUUUUCAGCUCUAAUUAAAAAAAAAAAAUUAUAAGCGAUCAUUAUUACAUUUCUAAGUGAGUCUUUAGAAUUCAAAAAAGAAAAAAUUAACUCACUUUGAAUGUGUAAAAAAAAACUAUUGCAAAUUUUAUCAUUUUUGUAAUAAGUAGUUAAAUACAAUAAUGCUGAUGUCGAAUUAAAUGUUCUCUUUCAAAAAAGAGAAUUUUAGAGCGCGCGUACGAAUGUGUAUUUGUGUAUGUGAGUGAGUAAAAAAAACACAGGGGGAGAGAAUAAAUAAAUGUUGAAUAGAAAUUACAAUUAUCAAACUUUACAGAAAAUAGUUGCCUAUAAUAAAUGAAAUAAUACAACUUUAGGAAUAAUCAACAAUCGAGUGUAUCUUAAAAUAAAAUUCUUUUUGAAUUAUAUUGUAUUAUUAAAUGGAUUAAAUGGAAUAAAGUGAUGACACUUUAAAAUUUUGAUUCUGUACUUAUACAAAAUGUCAUUUUUCAAUAUUUUACAUUUAAUAUGUAUCAGUUUUUUUUAAGUUAAUAAUAUGCUUGAUGAACGAGGUGUUUGGAAUGUAUUCUAUUAAUUGUGGGACUGUUUUUUAUAAUAAAGUUUUUUGAAAUCUA